UACAACACGUCAAUUGUUGGGUGGGCGAAAUACUUAUUGUGUUAAUACAACUAUUCACACAUUAAAACGGGCUUGUUUGGGGUAUUAAAACACUUCAUUGUAAUCCCAGGCCACCCAUUUUGACAUGGCUGACGUCACCGAGCCAUCUUUGUCCAGCUAAUCCAAAGUGUUUGUUAUACCUUCAUUACUGCUCCGACUCGCGUCUCCUCUGCCGGCACCGUCGUGAAGGAAGAAGAAAAAGGCGGCAUUUUGUCAGCGAGUGGACGCACCUAGUUGGCGGAUACAAGGCAGUGCCCCUCCUCGGCUAUAUAGGCAGGGAAACGCCACUAAAGCAUCCAAAGGGUACCAGAGGCUAGAGAGGAGAGCAGCAGGCAAUCCACUUCCAUCUGCCAGCCACUUAGCUAACAUUUCCAGCCCGGAUUUCAGCACAGCUGCCAACAGAACCACACGCACACACAACAAAAUGUCUGCCCCAGCUGGAGCCCCUGCACCAGAGGGAGGGAAUCAGCCUCCCAACCUCACCAGCAACCGCCGCCUGCAGCAGACACAGGCACAGGUGGACGAGGUGGUGGACAUUAUGCGUGUAAAUGUGGACAAGGUUCUGGAGCGUGAUCAGAAGCUGUCUGAACUGGACGACAGGGCUGAUGCCCUGCAGGCUGGAGCCUCUCAGUUUGAGACCAGUGCUGCAAAACUGAAGAAUAAAUACUGGUGGAAGAAUGCAAAGAUGAUGAUUAUCCUGGGUGUGAUAUGCGUGAUUGUGCUCAUUGUCAUUAUUGUGUACUUCAGCACCUAAGAAGACUCGCUUCCUACCCCAGUCUAAACCCGACUUCCUCGCUAUGCUCCCCCCCCAAAUUCAUGACAAAAGGGACCCCAGAUAAUUACUUAAAGAUGAUGUAUCUUCCCUGAUUAGCUUCGAUGUAACACCCCUAAACCCUCCCUCACUUCCACCACCUCACCUCCGGACCCCCCCGUCAAAAUAUUUGCCCUCCCUCCCCAGUGAGUGUGCGGCCUUGCGUCCGUCCAUCGCGGGUCCUCUCGGCUUCUCUAACCUGCCAUACUGAGAGCCAAACACUUGUGAUGAUGCAACAACAGAAAAGGAAACAAGGAUUGGUGAUGCUAAUUGUUACAUGACUGAUAUCUAUCUAGUCAUUUGUAGAGUUUUAUUCUGAAAUAUACUGUUUUGUAGGUGUGUGUGCGUGUGUAUGUGCGUGCGUGUGCGUGUGCAUUUUGUAUUUUUUAAUUUUUGUAUUCAUUUUCUGUAUGCUUCAACGUCAACUAUUGCCUGUUAAUCAAAGUGUGCAUCUUGCAUGUUGUCAUCAGCCAUCUGUCCCCACGCUGGUGGCGUUUUCCUCGGUUUAAGUAAGGAAAUGCUGACUUAUAGGUACGCUGCCGGUCAACAAUCCAAAUAAGCCACACAGCUCGGACAAAACCCUUGGCAGUCACAAUCUCCAGAUGGAAAUCGCCGCUACUUAAGUACAUUGCCGAUGCAACACAAAGUAACGCAUGAAUUCCCUCGUGAUUAUCCCCACGAUUCUUUUGUAUCUUCUGCUCUUCAGCCGUCUCCCUUUUUGUCCUGCAGCAUGCUUGACCGCCCAGUCCUUUUAAAAACUGCCACAGUACCGUUGGACCAAUGUCUGUAGAUGUUUCUUCUUCUUCUUCUUCUUUUUUUAAUUACUUAGUGUCUUAUUUCGAAAACAUUCCUUCAUUGCAGUGUAGUGCAAAUGCUCUUAACUGUAGCACAUGUAAUUGUAAGUAUCUUGAAAAAAAAAACAACAAAAAAUGUCCGUCAUACAAA